AUGAAAUACCUUCGAACCGCGAUGCGAAGGGCGAAACAUCGAAAACCACCCUCAUUGUACCUGUACACUUCUUCCCGAGAAACCUCUCCGCGUUGCUCGUCCGUUCUAUCGGACUGGGACGCAGACGACGAAGGCUUCAUGUCAACCGACAACUUCCCUCCCUCGAAGCCCCUGAGCCUAGCAAUUCCCAAUGGCUCAUACUGCUCUCGAAAACCAACCUUACAAGAGGUACUAUCAAAUGUAGCCUCACCGCCAUGGACGUUGAGUGCGUUUAUGGCUUAUCUAUCGCAGAACCAUUGUUUGGAAACUCUAGAGUUCACCAUGGAUGCCAAGCGAUAUUCCAAGCAUUACAGAGAAAUGGCUGAUAGGGAUCCUCUGACACCAUUAUCACCACAAAGUCCCGAGUGUGAAUAUGUUCGUAUGCUGUGGCAGAAACUAUUGGACGCAUACAUUGUUCCCAAUGGCCCACGGGAGGUCAAUCUACCUUCCAAUGUUCGAGAUCAAUUGGUAUCCCUACCAUGUACAUACACCCCACCCGAUCCAACUGAACUCGACGCUGCAGUUAAGAUAAUUUACGAAUUGAUGGAGGACUCGGUUCUCGUGCCUUUUGUUAACUCGGUAGCUCCGCCGCGGAGUUCAGAUUCGCAUCCAAGUCCCUGGACUUCAGACGAAUCGAUGACCGACACAUAUAUGACGGGGUCUUUAGACGAGAGAUCAUUGUCGCCAGCACAAUCUCGGCGGUCACGAAAUGACAGUCCCCCAAUGGCGGAUGUAGAGACUAACUCACCAGUGAUUUCUUUUCAUGGACUAUCACCUAGAAUAUCUCAUCACUCGCAUCUCAGCGCUAAUCUUAGCGCUGCGUUCGGUCGAGGUAGCCGACUUUCGGCACCACCUUCAGGAUCAUCUGCUACAUCAUCCUCUGAAGUACCAGAUGUUCUUACCGACGACAGCACCGACUCACCAUCCCCAUCUGGAUCGACACUCGAACCAAUGACUCCUCCAAACACACCACCGACAUCUAACACCGGAUUCAAUGACCCUUCACCAGGAACAAGUCCACGGGUUGGCCGAGGGGAGGGAAUGGGAUGGAAGAAGAUUGGAUCGAAAUUUGGAUUCAAGAAGAGUCGGUCAGCUCACGGUUCCAAUGCUAGCAAUCGAAGCAGCUCACCACAUGCUGCUGCGGGGAAAGAGGCCAUUUCCCCAACCGGUAAUGGUUUAUGAGGGCGGCAGGUCACGUCCUCACCAAAUGAUAUGUUUUCCAUUAUCCCUAUUCCAGUUAUCGCACCUAUGGAGCAUCCUGUGGUAGGGCUUAAACGCUCUCGAGGCGUUCACAAAGACACAGCUUUACUGCAUGGUGGAACCAGCUUGAAGCUGAGUGAGGGUGGUUUAUCCCCGGUUCUUGAAGCUCAUCCUGGUUCCCCAGUUGACAUUAGUGAGCAUACCCGUCCGUCACACGCGGCGGCCUCACUAUCACAAUGCCUGUAUCAUGGCAGUGACGCAGAGCUCGCAAAGUUUGAGAGGAAGGCGAGAACGGGUGGGAAAAGAGAAGAUUCUAUCAGGAGGGAGGGCGUGGCCGCAAAAGGAUUCAUCUUUAGAGGAAGGAGAGAUGAAGAGAGGGAUGGGGAUAAAUAUGUGCCGAAUCGUCGCAUGCAGGUCGCUGGACCACAGCCAUUUUUCAUUCCCGCCAAAAUUCAUGAACAUGAGGAGAUUAUGUCCCCUGGAGUUGUUUCUCCAGGGAUCUUUUCAAGAUUUCCGGGUUCAUUGGAAGGUGUGCAGUCAGGAUCGGUAACAGCAAAUUCUUCAGCGACUUCAACUGGUCCUAGUACUCCAAUGGAAGAAGUUCCAUCGAUACUAAUUGAAUCGGGUCAAAGGCUGUCUAUUGGCACUGAAAUGGCAAUGCAAUACGAUUUCAAGACUGAAAAUGGCGUCUGGAUAUCUGCCAACCCAGUAGCCAUGGAAUCGAGAAGCAGUCUGGCGAUCAACUCAACCUACCAGACGACCAGCACAGUUGUGGACGAUAGAAUGAGUAUGAUCAGCCAAGGGGCUCUGACGGUCGACACGAGCGUCGCCAGUUCCUCGGCCAGCAUGAUGUCAUCAAUCGACUCGAUCCAAUCCGCCACCACUGUGGGAAGCGCCGACAUCUACGGGUGGGAAGAGGAACUUGACCGCAAGGAAACCAUCGAGAGCACCGUCAUCUGGGAGCGCGAACCCCAACGACGGCUUCCCAGCGGCGGACGUAACUUUGGUCCUCGAUCGCGCAUGUAUGACUCUUCUUCUCAUAAGGGGAAGCGGAAGAGUUUGCUCUACCGCGUGUUGAAUCUUCAUGGUUCCCGACGAGGGUUGGUGGAGGAGAUUCCCUCCCCCUUGUCGAGUCCGACGAGACUCCCUGGGGGGAAUUCGAAGAGUACGACGCAUCUGGAGAUUCCGAGUUCGUCUCCUUGA